AUGAGCAUAUCUUUGUUUAUGCUCUUGAUUGUUAUCACAAGUGUUCUAGCAGAUUUUAGACCUAACGUGAAUGUCGCCCAACAGCCUGACGAACCUGCCAACUCAGCACUGCUGCACAUGGGCUUACUUGGCUGCUUGCCAGUGCAACCAACAGUCGCUAUUGAUCUCACAUGCCUAGAACUUUAUCAUCAGAUUCGCUGUCGUCAAUCGUCAUUUAGCAUGCAAUCGAUUACAAAAGUUCUCUGUGCGCUUCAUAAUGUAACAUAUUCCCAGUUGACUGUGCACUUGGCAGAGACCACGCUGACUGGCAUAUGUCAGGCGCUUGUCCAUGUUGUGCCUUUGAGCAACCGAACGAGCCGCCACUUAAUCCCUGAAAGACUUCACAGCAUGGACGGCAAUCAUUCCGCCAAACGUCUGGAUGGUUCUGGCUCAGCAGAUGAGCGCGUCUUCAACAGCAAAUAUUUCAUCCCCAUGACUGUGGUGGAACUUUUCAGAGAUGAUGUUCGCAAUCGGCCUGGUGAACAUCGUAGUGAAAAUUGGACAGCUGCCAAGCCUGUGGAGGAGAACAAAAUUUUUGUCUUCGAGCAAACCGGCAUCUUUAUCUUGUAUGGACUCACUGUGACCAAUCGAUUACUUGAUAUCUGCGGGAAUGACCAAGCUCUGGGCCACAACAUUGGCUGUUCAUUGCGCAAGACCAUUGCAGCGAGUUCUAUUGGUGUGAGAGCCAAGGCACAAAAUCUUAUUGUUGCAGUGAACAGUUUUUAUGGAUAUGCUCAUAACUGCUGCUGCCAGCUGCAAAAUCAUCCCUUGUACCUCGAAGGUUUUGGCAACGAGGAUCUAGAAACCUGUGAACGUAUCUUCUCAAGUUAUAAUAGUGCUGCAGUUCUCAUCCGCCACGUGUCCCAUUUUCAUUGGAAGCAAUUUCUGGAUCUUCACUUUGACCAAUGGGAUUGUGACAAGUAUCUUGAAUUAAGUCGCUUCUUAUGCAAUAAUUAUGUCCAGGCGCUCAAAAUCAUCGAAGAUUAUAUGGCCUUGCUUGAGGAGUUCAAGUCCUGGAAAUCGCUUGCUGACCAAGACUUCAUCCAGUGGCAUCAAGAAGAAGUUGAGUUUCUUAGCAACUUAGCUAUUGAACCACCAUCCGAUGUCCUUGCAGUGGCAUACAUUGAGGAGCUUGAGAAGCUUCGGCUCACUGAGUCAGCAUAUGGCAGCGUGACAUCAGUGCCUUUCCUCACGUAUACACCCAUGAGCUUUACGCAAACUUCAGGAUUGAAUGCCAGUGCUCGGCGGCAGUCAAGAACAGUUGAAGCAGAAUGCGCAUCAGUGCUGUGCAGAUAUGAGCUGCAAAUGAACGUUGUGGAUGAUUUUGAGCAGUGGAAUGGCAUCAAUGAACGUUGGACAAUAGCGCACCCUGAAUACACUCAGGCACUGAAGUAUUCUCAUGAGCGCUGCUUCAUUUGGACUGCCAACCUUGUAGGCACAGCACUUGAGAAGUACAACAAGUUAGCCCCUCUUCAAACACCACCUCGGCCCGUCCUCGAUUAUUCCAAAGUUGUGGGGUAUGCUACCCUUGGGGAGUUCUCACUCCUCAAAUAUUCUCGCCAUGAUCUCCUUUCCAAGCCAUGGGCUGUCCCUGACAAUCGGGAAAUGGCAGCUAGAUAUUUCAAGGUGGUGAGGUUGCACAAGGAGAUUACCCGCUUAAAUGUCAAAAUAUGUUGCCUCGACGCUUGGGUCGAGUAUGAUGAUGCGAAGGUGCUAGAAGUCAUUGAGACAUUAACGGUUGAGGAAGCUGACUCCCUUCUUGCUGCAGAGUUCAGACAACAGUACAAUGAACGGCACCGCAUCAACAAUAUUUACCACCAUCAUUUGAACAAGAUUCGUUACCUCAAGGGCUACAGUGGCCAGGCUGCAGCACUGUUGCAUGGUUCUGUGGAGAUGGAGAACUUGGAUGACGAAAGGGAACCAGUUGAUCUCAGGGAGAAUGACGAGUUGAACGACGAAGCUUUCCGUCUUGAAGAUGCCAUUUCUCACCUUUAG